UCUUAUAUUCCACGGACUCUUCGGCAGUAAAAACAACUGGAAGUCGAUCUCCAAAUCCAUUUCCGCCAAAACCGGUCGAUCUGUGUAUGCAUUGGAUCUGAGAAACCAUGGAUUAAGUCCACACACAUCGGGAACUGAUAGUACAUUGAAAGCCAUGGCUAAUGAUAUCAAUCUGUUUCUCGAGGAAAAUAACUACAAAAAGGCGACACUUAUUGGUCACAGUCUGGGCGGUCGAGUAGUCCUUCAGUUCUCAUUUCUAUGGGUCAGUCAGCCAUCAGUUAUGCCAGAAAUAGUGGAGAAGUUGGUUGUGGUGGACAUCAGUCCGCUGUCAUCUAUUCCGCGGAUGCUUUGGGAGCAAAUGCCUGCUCAACAGGCUAAGCAACGCUCUGUAGGGAGUUCUGUACUCAGAGAGACUCCGAGCUUUCGCUCAGUUACUGAUCAAUUCAUUCGCGGCUUCUUUUUGAUGAGUUUAGAUAAGAAUGAGAAGACAUCGGAACUGUUCUGGAGAUUCAAUUUGUCUGCCAUUAAAGUAAUGCUUCAAAACCAAUACAUUAAUCAAAUAGAUAUGAAACGACCCUUUGGUGGACAGUCGCUACUAAUUCACGGCCAGAAUUCAGAAUAUGUUAACAUAAAAGAUGACUACAAUUUGAUUCUGAAGUCAUGCCUAACGUUAGGAAAUUUAGUUCCGCGCGAAACCAUCGGAGAUGUCUUGUUGUCAGUGGCGUUGAGGGCUGUUAUGUCACCGUUGCGUCUCUUGUCGCCCAUCUCUUGGGACGUGAGCUUAGUCUUGAGCUGUUCGUCCAAAAGGAUUUGCAUAUCCACCUAA